AUGGGAUUUAACACUAACGAGACCAUCAGUCUUCGCCAGAGCAUACUGCGAUCUGCAUCAGUGAUGCUUUCGAUCGAUCCCGCGCGAAUGACCGGCGCAUUCUUCCCUAUGAUCCAAGACAGCGAAGGCUGCGACGUGAUGUGGUGCGAGCCAGUGCUCACCAACGAGCAAGCAGUGACCGUCGUUCAGCAAGGCCUUCCGCUGAUCAUCAAAAAACACGGCGUUUCAAUCAUCACCAUUUUCUUUAACAGCCUCAACGACAGCGUCAGCACCUUUGUGCCGCUGAUCAACACCGAUCCAGAAAAGCUUGAUCGGGUUUUGUAUUCGAUUUGCAGCAUCACGUCGACGGUGAUCGUCAACAUGCCGCUCCCCACAAAGAACGAGCUCUCCACGAUCCCCGAAGAGCUCAUCGCGGGUCGCACGCUGCUCCAGUCGCUCACACACUACUUCCCAAACAAUCGCUAUGUGCUGAAUUUUUUGUUUUCGGAGCACGUCGUGCGCGAAUUCCCCGUCGCGUUGAUCGCUUCGCCGUAUCUCGACUCGUACGACGAUCGUUCGCUGAUCGAAUACUUCUUCCCCUAUCUCGAAACAACUAUCCGAGCGAUGUCGGUUGCCGGAGUUUCGGGAAAUGAAGAGGAUCAAGACGUGAUCAAUCUGCUUCGCGAUCUGGCUCAUUUCCUGCUCAAUUCGAGCACGCGUCCCAUCGACUACACAGUGGGACAUGAGUUGUUUUUAACGCUGCUCCUGGCCAUGCGACGCGGAUACAUCGAGACCGAGCGUUUUCCGGAAAUAACCGCGAAUGUGAUUUCCUAUUACUGCAUUCUGCCGUCGUCCUAUCCGAAGGGAACGCGAUUCGACACGCUGAACGAGAGCAGCAAGUGGAUCGCGGAGAUUUUCGACGAUAGCGACGACCGGCUGCGCGAUAUGCGAGCGAUCACGGAAGUAAUCGGGAUCGUGCUGGGCAUCAAGGAAGUGGAAAGCACGAUCAACAGCAAAGUGAGCUCGGAAGUGAGCGAGAUCGUGAUGGAACAAUUCCUUCGGAUUCACCACAUCGAGGUGCUGCAAGUGUUCCGCGAUUUGCUGCUCGCGAUCGAUCUGCAUUCGAACGACAACAUCACGUUCAAUAUCCAGUCCAAGCUGCUCUACAGCGUGAAUAACUGGGUCAUCAACGAUUUCUCGCACAUCACUACCAACUCCAUCAUCACCGUGUAUCCCGCUCAUUUCUUCGCCUCUCCUUCAGAUUCCUGCCGCUUCUUCGCGCGCUCACGCCGCUCGUUCAUCCAUCCAUCGCAUAUCUUCUGCUCGAAGUGA